UAUUCCACCAUGUACUGGUUAAUCAGCUACAGAGAAGCAAACAUGAAGUCUAUCCUGGUUUGUCUUUUGGUAGCAGGAGUAGCCCUUGCAUCAGAGCACAGGCUGAGGAGGAGCCUGGGACAUGGAGUGCUGGUUCCCGGUGCCGUGGCUCAUGGUGUGGUCCUCCCUGGAGCGGUGGCUCAUGGAGCCGUCAUUCCAGGAGCGGUCGCUCCAGGCGUCGUCGUUCCAGGAGCUGUUUCACAUGGAGCCGUCAUUCCAGGAGCUGUUUCGCAUGGAGCCGUCAUUCCAGGAGCUGUUUCGCAUGGAGCCGUCAUUCCAGGAGCAGUAGCACCUGGAGCUGUCGUCGCUGGACCUGUCUCAGCUGCCGCCGCUUUGGCCGGUCCAGUUAAUGGAGGUGCCGCCCUCGCUGGUCCAGUCAACGGAGGCGCUGCCAUCGCUGGUCCAGUCAAUGGUGGAGCUCAUCUUACUGGCCCUGUCAACGGUGGUGCUGCUCUGGCUGGUCCAGUAAAUGGUGGUGCUGCUUUGGCCGGUCCUGUCAACGGUGGAGCCGCAUUAAGUGGUCCUGUCAACGGUGGUGCCGCCCUCACCGCCCCCGUCAACGGUGGUGCCGUCUUGACUGCCCCCGUUAACGGUGGUGCUGCUCUUGGAGCCCCAGUCAAUGGAGGAGCUUACCUCACCGCCCCCGUCAACGGAGGAGUCGCCCUGGGAGCCCCAGUCGCCGCCGCCGCCCACCUUGCUGCUCCAGCAUGGGGUGUGCCAGGCCUGGUCGGUGGUCUGUACGGUGCUGCCCACGGACAUUUGGUGCAUUAAUCGAAUAAUAAAAUGACUGAAGUAUUUAUAGUGUAAAUAAAGUGUUUUAUUAUCCAUUACAUCCAUUUAUUUGUGAAUAACUAAAAAAUUACACACUUUUCCCUUGGUAAUGCCCGUGAUUAUAAAAGAG